GCAGAUCUUCAAUUCAUGAAUUAAAUUUUUCUUUCAGGGUUUGUAUUCACAGUGAAAAAGUGUAAAAAUGCUAUCAUGAUACCUCAACGUUUGAAUAAAUUUAGAAAUAAGCCUUCAGUUUUUUGGGGAGUUUUUAUGAACAUUUGUGAUUUGAAAAACUAUUCUAGUGCAAUAUGCAGCACCAGGAGAGCUGAUAUCAAACCAAUUCUCCUUGCUAGUAGUUCCUCACCUCCAGUAAUUAGAGGAGCUCAAUAUCUUGAAGAAUGCCAUGUUCAUAAAGCUAGAGCCCUUAUACCCAAGAUUUGUGCCAUGAAGAACAUUGUCUCUUCAAUCAUAUACUUCUCAACUGACAGUUCAACAUGUGCUAAAGCUUCAUUGAUACUAUUCCCUCAGUCAAGAAAUAGAGAUUUUACUCCUGGUGAAACCUUGAGACCAUCAAAAUUACUCUCUCUGCUUGUUAAAUUAUCCCUGUUUUCAUUCAUAUCUUUGUACUGUACAACUGAUUGUAAGGUUAGUGCAAAUGAUGGUGGAAGUGAGUCAGAAUUACCAGGAGAAAAUGAAGAAAACAAUUAUGAAAUGGGGUUCCACACACCUAAUUUUCCAUUCCAAAAUUAUAAAAAUGGAUGUAGUAAAAAUAAGGAUGUUAAUAACUAUAACUGCAAUAAUCAAGUGCAAGAGCCAAGAGAAGACUCAAAAGAUGAAAAUUCCUCUGGAUGUGAAGAUUCUCUAACUAACACAGAGGAAGAAGAGCUGAGCAUUGAGCACAACAAACCUAAUAUUUUUGAUCCUGUGUUAAUAGAUGAGCUUCAAGUUUCAGGGCCUAUUGAGCUGGACGAUGCUCAGUCACUAACUCACCAGCACCUGGUGUUGCAGUCUGCGGCUGUUGCUGUGGAGUCUGCCUUGCUGCUUGUUCUCAGGACCAGCAGGGCCCUUCUGGCUAUCAUGGAUGCUUACAGGGAGAGCCUGGUUCAGGUACUGCAGCUGCUUCAGUAUCAGGAAAGCUUGGGGCAGCAAGGCAUCAGCGUGGGGCCCAUGCAAGAGCAGCUCACAGACGCCCUAGUGCGCGCCAGAGCUCAGGAGCAAAACUACCACAACAAAUACAGGGACUGCCGUACGUUGCUGAGCGUAGCGGCGCAGGCCGCGGCCACCGCUGAGGUGGCGGCCCACAUGGCGGGGGCGGAGCUCGAGGCGCUUGCUGUCGCCGCGGCCGUGCAGGCCGUCAAGAUUCAGGUGGAGGAAGGGGAGCGCGCCGUCCGAGAGCUUCAAGCGGCGGUCAGACUCCAGUACGCCAGAACCAUUGUCGGCGAUGGCGGCAUAGCCAUAGAGAAGCGUCAGUGACCUGUUCUGUGAUGGGCACAACAGCGCAGAACUUGCCACCAUGUCUACACGGCCAUCGCAGAGCUUCAUAUCAUCAUCACACGGGCCAGGCGCAGGACUUGCCACCAUCUUCACACGGGCCAGGUGCAAAGCUUCUCGCCGUCUUCACACGGGCCAGGUGCCGGACUUGCCACCAUCUUCACACGGCCCAGGUGCAAAGCUUCUCGCCGUCUUCACACGGGCCAGGUGCAGAGCUUCUCGCCGUGCUCGCGCAAGCUGAAUGUUGACGCUAGUGUGUUAUGCGACUGCUGUGGCAACCUUCUCUUGCAAAAAUUAUAUCGCAAGUUUCACGAAAAGAUGAUUUUGAGCGAUCGAGGAAGGCAAAUAACAAACCACAGUUAAAUUCUAUAAAUGUAUUCACGCUGUCUGUAAGUUAAUACAUUUUUCAUCCGUAUAUAAAAAUUCAGCUUUGA